UUGAUUCAUUAAAAAUAUUGAAAACAUAAUAUUUUAAAACAAAUGAUGAAACAUCAAACUGAUUCUAUUAGAAAUCUUCUAUCAAAGAAAGCAAUGAAAUGACAAUUAGGAAAAAGAGGAGGGAAUUUUAAGUCUGAUAGAAUAGAUCAGAAUGCAAUUGCAAGGAAAAAUAAUAGAAAGUCAUUAUUUGUACUAAUCAAAGGAGAAAUCAAACAAUCUGCAGACAACCAGGAAAUUAAAAUUUCGAAAAAUGAAGAGAGCCAAGGACCAUUGUUCUGGGAUCCAUCCAAAGUUUACAGCCUGGCUAAUAAACCCUCACUUGGAGAGAGAAAUUCCCACAUUUGUUCUAGCAGAAACUCUGAUUUCACCAGCCAUAGAAGAGGAACAAGUGCUUCUUGAAAGCAAGGAACUAGAGAUUCAACUCAGUCUAGCCAGAAACAAAGAUCUCUUCAUAAAUAAAAGAACAAAUUCUAUGGAAAAUUUCACCAACAGAAGAUAUAAGCGAACUGUUUUUAAGUUGGAUAAAGAAGCCAAGAAACUCACUGUGGUCUCUGGUAAAAAGUUAACCUUCAAAAGGAAGAAAAAGGAAGUUGCCAAUACAGCUGAUCGGCAAAAUCAUAGGGAAAAGCUUCACUUACUGUUAGGAUCAAAUGAAAUAAAUGCUCAGACACAUAAUUUGAGGAAUGAAAGAUCUUCUAAACUUCAAAGCAUUAAGAGACCAAUGACUAGCACUUUUUACGAUUCUAAAACAAGAGGAACAGAUUUAGAAGUGCUAGAAAGUUAUUGAAAUUAUGAAAAUAAAGAUAAUGAUCAAAAUAAUCAAGAACCUCCUCAUAAUAUUAACGGAAAUGAUCAUAACCUUGCCAAAAACUCUACUGAAGAAUCAUAUAAUUUUAUUGUUAGUUCACCCAAAAAGGAUCAAGAAUCAAGAUCAAAACACCUAAGAGCUUUCUCUGACCAAAAGCUUGACAACAAAGGCUCUCAUCUUUUAAUUACUGAAGACGUUAAUCAAUUCUGUCCCAAAUAUAACUUGGAUAAAGACCCAAUGAUAAUCCAAAGUAUGAAAAUCAAGACUGAGAAACAAAAUAUCUUUUCAAAAUGCCCUCAAAAAUUACAUCUCUUCCUCAAGAAAAUGCAUAAAUAAAUUGAGAAGGACAUCAAAUUCCUCUAAAUCCACAGUUAAUCUAAACCAACAGAGAUCUUCAAGCAGGCUUUCCAAACCCCGAAUUCAAAGAAAGAGCAUGAUAUUAAGGAAAAAACUUAAUUCAAGGAAAAACAACACUUCAAAAAGGAAUGUUACAAAAAGAGCUUUUAAACACUGAAGAGCCACUGUACAGAAUAUCUAUGUUGGGAACAAGUCUAAGAAUAUUAGCAAUGAAAGUGUUCUAAAGAAGAAGAUUAGCAUAAACCUCCUACAGAACUUUACAUUUGAUGAUUAAGACUCAAUAUAUUGA